CAGCCUUCCGCCAAGUCCUCCGUCCGUCUCUUCUCGCGUCUCGUUUACUUGAAAGGAUGGCGUUCAUUGCCGACGACAAGUUGAGCUGCGAGAUCUUCUCCAUCCUGGAGAGCAAGUUCCUCUUCCCCCUCUGCUCCUCCGCCGUCGCUUCUCCAUGGACUCCGGUGGUUCCGCGCAGCGCUGCGGCCGGAAGAGUCCGUAUCCUGUCGAUCGACGGGGGCGGGAACGCCUCCGAUGGCCUCCUAGCAGCGGCCGCUCUCACCCGAAUGGAAUCCACCCUCCGCCGCCGCACCGGCGACGCCUCAGCCAGCGUCGCCGACUUCUUCGAUCUCGCCGCGGGGUCCGGCGCCGGCGGCGUCCUCGUUGCGAUGCUCUUCACGAGGGGCCACGACGGCCGCCCCCUCUUCUCCGCCGCCGAAGCUCUGCAGCUCCUCCUCGCCGAGAGCCGUCGCCGAAGCGGAGGGGGCUUCGGUUCCAAGAGGAGGGGCAUCUUCCGGGGGUUAUUCGGCCGAUCGGGUGGUUUACUGCGGAAGAUCUUUGGGGAUGCGUCCCUGAGGGACACGCUGAAGCCGGUCCUGAUCCCCUGUCACGACCUAGCCACAGGAUCGCCCUUCGUCUUCUCGAGGGCAGACGCCGUGGAGGCGGACGCCUACGACUUCUUCAUCAGGGAUGUGUGCGCAGCCACCUGCGAGGACGCUGUCGAGCUGCGGUCGGUCGAUGGACGCACACGGGUGUCGGCAGUGGGUGGAGGGGUGGCGGUGGCCAAUCCCGCCGCGGCCGCCAUUACUCACGUGCUUCACAACAAGCAGGAGUUUCCCUUCGCGGUCGGAGUCGAGGACCUCAUGGUGGUGUCGAUCGGGGCUUCCGGUGGCGCUUCCGCCACUGGCAAGGCGCAGAUCGUUAGGGUCGCCGUCGAAGGUGCCGCUGAUAUGGUGGAUCAAGCAGUGUCAAUGGCAUUUGGAGAGAUCAGAACAAACAACUACGUUCGAAUCCAGGCAAAUGGAUUCAUCUCCGGAAACAGCACGCCGAGAGCAGCCAAUUCGAGUAAAUUGAUGGAAGAAAUCGAUGAGAUUUUGUCGCAGAGGAACGUCGACUCGCUGCUAUUCAGAGGGAAGAAGAUCUCGGAGCAAACCAAGGCCGAGAAGCUGGAGUGGUUCGCCGGGGAGCUGGUGAAGGAAGAAAAUUGGAGGCGGAAGAGCUCGAUUCCCACAGUACUGGUGAAGCAAAUGAUGACGCCGAGAACGUCGUCGGCCACGACGACUACGACAGUGACGACGACCUCGAGCACAACGUCUCGAUCGAACUAAAUUAAUUACAGCUUGAUUGUAUUGAGAGAAAAAACAAAAUGAGUGGACUUAGUUGUGUAAUGUAUAUAAUAUUUGUGCAGAAAAAACUAGACCAACGGUAAAAAUAAAAACUACGAAAGAAAUAGUGCCGUAGAUAUAAUGAAAAAAGUACGUGUAAUUCCUCUCCAAAUAAUUUUUUGAAAUCAGUCUUGCAAUU